GUAAUAAACUACGGCUUGACCAUGUCUCUAGAGCAUCGAGAUGUUGUCAAACAUAGUGUCCAUAUAUAUUGCACCUGGCUGCGCCAUUUGCUGCCAUCAUCUUCCCAUGUUACUGACGACUCAUCCGUAUAUGGUCGUCCUGCAUCUCGUUCAGAAGUACCUUUGACUGUUAAACGUGAUCCAAAUCGGUAUGCUCGCGAUAUGCUCUAUGCACUUACGCGAGUCUUUUUGCCACGUGGAGUUGACGCUACUCUUCUUGAAUCUACCGGUGGUGUCAUUUCUCUCUUCAAUGCACUAGGAAAGAGAUCACAAAAUCGGUCCAACAUAUCCUCUUCAUCUGCUCUCUUAGGCACAAAGCGUCCCACAGAUGGAUCAGACACAUAUGUUCCACACACAACCGUAAAUGGAGUAUCUGAAGAUCCUGGCUCACUGCCUGCCCAACAGCCUGGUUUCACAGGUUCAACAGCACCAACAUCUAUCAGUGGAACCGGUUGUCCCAUUACGGCAACUGCGGUUGGAACUGGCCAUUCUUCCCUCGAGUCUGGCAUGCAUCAGUACCCCACAAUUCUUCAUCAGGUGAUCCUCAGCCCCGAUACCCGUCUCCACUCCUCAUGCAUGCACGUAACCUCAUUUAUGCUCGAUCAUAGAUAA